UUAUACAAUUUUGUAAAUAAGUGACUUUUCUCCUUCACUGAUGUGCGCUAAUGAGGCUGCAGUGAUGGGCACUGAUAGGCUGCACUGAUGGACACUGAUAGGUGGCACUGAUUGGCAGCACUGAUAGGUGGCAAUGGUUGGCAUUUAUAGGUGGCACUGACGGGUGACAUGGAAAGGCAGCUCAGAUGGGCACUGAUAUGUGGCAUUGAUGUGCAUUGGUAUGCACUGAUAUGUGGCACUGAUGGGCACUGGCACGUGGCACUGAUGAGCACUGACAGCUGGCACUUCUGGGGCCACACU